CCUCAGUGACAGCCGCAGCAGUUAAAGGAAGUGUUACUCAUUGUGCAGCUCUCACUCUGACUGCCUGGCCAGCACAAGUUUUUGUACGUAUGCCAUAUGAUGUAGUCCAUUAAUGUUCUCACAAGUUCAACAGAAGUACCAUGAAGUGGAAAAUAGAAGAAUGAGUCAUGUUAAUAUGACCAGCAUUUUAAUUGGGCACAGAGGUGAUUAUUUCCCUUUAUCUCAUUAUGAGUGGAAGGACCAAGAAACAAUAUGGCAUUCUGGAAAAAUUCUAGCAGUAUUAACAUAAUGGACACAGGAGAAUUUGAUGCCAUUGCAUCUGAAAUAAACCGCAGCCUGCUAACCAUUCUGAGAGAAACAGACUCUGAUCAGCCAGGUGUUAACAAAGGGAUACUGAGAUGGACAUUACAUAAGAAGGCGCAGGACAGUUCUCUCAGAAGUAUGGUUCUGGUGCAGAUGGCCAUCAAGGAACUAGAGAGAGCUGAAAGAGCUGACUGCAAGAAACACCUCAUCCCUUUACUUAAUACACUUAUCUAUGCAGUAAUACAGACAGUAUACAUGCCUGAUGACCUCUAUAAGAGAGUAUAUGACUUCUGCAAGAGGUUGUUGACAAUGCCUCAGCCGUACAGCACCAUUGGCCUCAGUUAUGCUGGGCAAAUUAAAUCAGAACGGUUAACUCCAGGUCUUUUGUAUCAGAGAAGGAUAAUUGCAGAACAAAAUCUAAAAAAUGAACACUAUCCUCAGCAGGAAAGGGUGUUUGUGUUUGCAGAUCCUGCAGUGUUCUCCGAGUCUCUGAGCACUGUUCUGAAGGCUGACAUCGAGACUCCAGGAAUGUUCCAGAACCCUCUGAGCCUUAUGCGCUGUGUAGUGCAGCAUAGUCUUCAGGCAAUGCUGGGAGAGGAGUGUCAUGGACCCUCCCUCACUAAGGCGCUGCAGGACUUGGACCAGGACGUGGAGUCGUACUUCAAUGAAGUGCUGUCAACGAUAGAACUGGGCACAGACAGUAGCAGAGGUGAACAGGGUCUGAUCAGAAAGAAACUACAACAGCUAUACACUCAGAUCCUCCAAAACACUGGCAAAGAUCUAUUGUCCCGUGGCUCCCUGUGUGAUGUUCCACUUCCCAAUCCGGAGAUGAGUUUCCAUUUGUGGUGGGAGGAGGAGGAGAUCUGGAGAGAAAUGGCCAAGUUCAUCCGAUCCGGAUCCAUCUCAGAUAACCUCUCUCUCAGCCCAGAUGAAUUUUUAAUUGCAGACCUCCCCACAGACCUUAACUCAUACAUGCCACGGCACUCGGUCAUGUCGACAGACAGUGGAAUAGAGCGUGAUAUGCAGGGAGCUGAGAGUUCUGACACAGACUCUUCUGGAGGAAGGAGUUUAAAGUCUGAACUGACCUCUGGACGACUCUCUCGGCGUGGAGGGAUCAAGGUGAAGCCAUCGGUUAUUGACAGUAUGGCUUUGAUGCAAGACGCACUGGAGGAGACUGCUGGCACCACUGGCACACUGCAGAGGAGAGCAGGAAACAGUUGUACCACCUUGCCCAAACAAGAACGAGACUACACUGCUAAAAUAGUGGUGAUGGGGGAUGACCGGGUACUGGGAAGACUAGCUAGGGCAUACUACUGGUUAAGGAAACGGGAAGCCCGAAGACUGUUUCUUACAAUGAAAAUCAACCUUCAGAUGUACUACAUACCAGUUGCACGUCUAUCGUCUGCAACAUCCCACUUGAAAGAGAAUGUGUCCUUUGCAAGCAGUAGCCUCUGUGCUCUGGGCUCUUAUCUUGGAAUGGUGGAUCCAUGGUACGAAUGUAAUAUCUGUGGUCUUGGCCAGAUUAUUCCUGACCUUGCGAGAACGUCAAACACUAGCAAACAGCAGGAAUCUGAUCUUUUCUUAGCUGAUGUCAUCUCAUACUAUGUGCGCAUGGGACAGCAGCCAGUAUACUUCAAUAUUUACUACAUCAAGAUUUCCUUUUCCAACAUGUCCAAGGAAGCUGUGGAAGAAGUUUUUGUCACACACCUUGAAGUGGAUUUCCCAGAGUUUAAAAUGGCCCAAGCAGCACAUAAAGACAGGCAAAAGAAGAUGUCUCCAGAGCUAUGUGGGGCACUGAUUUCAUUUAGCUACAUAAAAGUGUCACUAAGCAACAGGGAGGUAGAGAGAGGUUUCUCACUCAGAACCACAGGUGCUCAUAUUUCAGCAAUACCAGAAAACAAAACUGAAGAUCUGAAUUGCCUCACAGUUGCUUUCAAUGACACAAAGCCAAAAAGUAACAUGGAGCCAAAGAUCAGAACAUGCAAUUUUAAAUUGAAGACACUAGACAGAUCAACUUUCACAGUGCGUUUGGACAAAGACUUUCGAAGGAUAUUUUUGGAUGUUGAGAGCAUUGAGGUCGCUCCAUGUCGAGACCCUGGAUAUUAUAUUCAAAAAUCCAUGAAGUCAAAGUUCAUGGCAGCAGACGGUGGUGAUGCUGGACUGAGCAAGUACAUGAACAAAGGAUUAACUUUGCCCAUCAACACAUUUGCGGGAAUCAUGGACUAAAUUAAUAAGAAUCAGGGUGUAGAACUUUCCAUCAUUGUGAAGGGCAGUUCUGGACUCUUGCAGUAUGUAACGUGUAUUGUGUUUUAAACAAUGCAUUAUACAAAAGUGUCUCCAUAUGAUCAAAUGAUCAGCUAAGACACAUCACAGCCAAGCAGGUUUUACUGCAUUUUAUACUUUGUGACUUGUGAGUAACAAGUUGGUUGAUUCAGGAAGUACUGUAAACUAUAACACACCCAACUAACUAACACUAAUGCAGUCAUUGUAUUGAGUUUCUCAAAGACUCAAAGAUUUAAACUUGUUCUCUGGUUUUUAGACUUUAACAGUCAAUUCUUCCCUUUAUGUGUAAAAGUGCACAUGCUGUAAAAAGUGGUUACAUGCCGUUUUCACCUUAAAUGGCUAUUUCUACUUGAUCUGACCCUUAAAAAUAACAUUUUUGGUGUGACCUAAUGUAUUCAAGUUGAUUUAAUCAUUACAUCGUAUAUUUUAACUUGAGUAAAACCAUUUAAUUUAAAUGUUACCACAAUAAACACAUUUUAAGGUUACCUGAAAAAAAAAAAAAAAUCUUGUAUGAAAGAUAAUUAAUUUUAUUUCUCUUUCAAUUAGCAUUUUGCAUUUUGCCACCAGAAAAAUUAAGUGACAGUUUAUUAAGGUAUACCGGAAUAAUGCUUUACAGCUAGAGUGCCUGUUGAUAAAUACCAUAUGAUCAAGUGUUUAAAAAAACUGACAUAACUUUAACUGACCCAGUGAUUUGCACUUUUUUUCCCAUCUUUUUUUCCCCAGAAACUAUAUAUGUUUACAUUUAGAACACUCCAUAUGAAUGACAUGUUUUGUAGCAUCAAAAAUUGUAUGUUCAAAAUUGAAGAGCAAGAAGUCUAGUCAAUUGCUCCAGCAAUUCUUGUUCAUGUCAGAUGCCAUGUAAAGUAACAAUACAUGCAGCAGUAUUGUUCCACAAAUGUUUCAACACCCAGGAAGGUGCCAGUAUUUUGAUUUGACCUCCUCAAAUGAUUCUCUGAACAGUCUGAAUGAUGUUUUGGGGGUUCUUUCCCAGCAGUUCUAAGCUGACCCAGCAAUCCCUAAUUAUGUCCUUUUCUUUGAGGCUUAUGGCAUUAAUGCUAGCCCUACUUUGAAAAAUACUUCUUUGGGUAGUGUUUGCACAAUUAUUGAUUUGACCUCUGUUUUUGUAAAUAGUGUAGUUUGAUUUUGUAAAUGCAUAUUGGAUACCUAUUUUACAUUAAUAAAUGUAGCCUUUUCAAUUUA